AUAUAUAGUCAAGAAUUUGUUUUCCUUUUUUCUCGAAACCUCUCUAGUCUUAAAUCUCUCCAUUCUUCUCCGUGUCUAAGCUCGAUCUUCUUCUCUUUUUCGCUCCUGCUACGCAUAAGCAAAUAGCUUCCUUCCUUUUGUUCUGACUAUCUCUCUCUGCCUAAUUAUAGCUCUUAAUUAAUUUAACGCUUCGAUCUCUGCAAUUGCGCUGUUAAUAUUUUGAUUUGGAGAUCACAGAAAUCAAGAUAUUUUUUUUCUUUGUGAAUGGAAGGAGAGAAGGAGGAGCUACGGUAAUAAUAAUAAUAAUAAUAAUAAUAAUAAUAGUAAUAAUAAAGAGGAAGAAAUGCUGUAUUUGAAGCAACCAAGCUCCAUUGUAUGCAAAGGUUGUGAUUCUUUAUUUCAAUAAAUAAAUAAUUUAUUUUCUGUCGUGUUGCAUGUUAUUGUGAUAAAUUCCCUGGGCCUGAGGCUCGGGGAGAGAGAUCUAGUAAAAAUUGGAAAAUUAAAGAGAGAGAUUGAUUGAGAGAGUGUGCGAUGGGAUCGUCGACGGAGAAUGAAGGACCGUCAUACUCUCCAAGAGUAAGUAAGACUACAAUUGAUGAUGAAGAAGAAGAAGAAGAAGAAGAGUUACUGCCGCCGCCUGACCAGGUUUCUAUGCAGAAAUUCAGGCUUUAUAAGACUCAAUCGAACUUUUACAUGAUAGGGUGGGACAAGAGUAGGACUUAUUGGAGAGUGCUAAAGAUUGACAGACUCGACCCUUCUGAGUUAAAUAUUCGUGAAGAUUCUACCACGUAUACGGAGAGGGAAUGCUAUGAUCUGUUGAGGCGGAUAGAUGAAGGAAACAAGGCUACCGGUGGGCUUAAAUUUGUCACUACUUGUUAUGGAAUUGUUGGGUUUAUCAAAUUUCUUGGGCCAUACUACAUGCUACUCAUUACAAAAAGAAGACAGAUUGGUGCAAUCUGUGGUCAUAAUGUAUAUGCAGUCUGCAAGAGUGAGAUGAUUCCACUUCCAAAUUCUGCUGUGCAGUCUAGUAUCAGUGAUUCUAUGAAUGAGAACAGGUACAAGAAGCUUUUAUGCACGGUGGACCUAACAAAGGACUUUUUUUUUAGCUACUCAUACCAUGUUAUGCGUAGUCUUCAAAAGAACUUGUGUGAUAGAGAGACAGGUCAGGUCCUGUACGAAACAAUGUUUGUCUGGAAUGAGUUCUUGACUCGUGGUAUCCGAAAUCACCUUCAAAAUACUCUGUGGACAGUUGCUUUGGUGUAUGGAUUCUUUAAACAGGCCACACUUUUUGUAUCUGGGCGAGAGUUCAAACUUACCCUCAUUGCAAGACGUUCACGCCAUUAUGCUGGCAUGAGGUAUUUGAAACGUGGGGUAAAUGAGAAGGGCAGAGUGGCUAAUGAUGUUGAGACGGAGCAGAUUGUUUUUGAGGAUGUUCCUGAAGGAUUUCCCAUGCAAAUAAGUUCAGUUGUCCAGAACCGUGGCUCCAUCCCACUAUUUUGGUCACAGGAAACCUCACGUUUGAUUAUUAAACCAGAUAUUAUAUUGUCAAAGAAGGACCAAAAUUAUGAAGCAACAAGACUUCAUUUUGAAAAUCUUGCAAAGAGAUAUGGAAAUCCCAUUAUUAUAUUAAACUUGAUUAAGGCACAAGAGAAGAAACCCCGAGAGUCAAUUCUUCGUGCAGAGUUUGCUAACGCUAUUGAUCAUAUUAACAAAAAUUUAUCCGAGGAGAACCAUCUAAGAUUCCUUCACUGGGAUCUACACAAACAUUCUAGAACAAGGAAUGCAACAAAUGUUUUAUUACUUCUGGGGAAAGUGGCUGCAUAUGCUUUGACGCUAACAGGUUUCUUUUACUGUCAAGUAACAUCGGACUUGAAACUUGAGGGGUGUACGGAUUCUCCUUUUACUGAGAAUGCUGAGAAUGGGAACUUAUCUCCUCAGUAUAACAGUAACAAUGAUAAUGAGGAUGGCAGCAACUUAGAGGAGAAAUCUAAUGGAGGUAACAGUCUUGUUGAUGGAGAUCAUUCUAUCAAGUGCCCAAUGUUCCAGAUGGGUGUGCUCAGGACCAAUUGCAUAGAUUGUCUUGAUCGCACAAAUGUUGCACAGUAUGCAUUUGGGCUGGUUGCCCUUGGACACCAGCUUAAUGCUGUAGGAGUUGUAGAUAACCCAAAAAUAGACCUUGAUGCACCUUUGGCUGAUGAUUUGAUGGGAUUUUAUGAGAGAAUGGGUGACACACUUGCGCAUCAGUAUGGUGGCUCAGCUGCUCAUAAUAAGAUAUUCUCUGAGAGAAGGGGUCAGUGGAAGGCAGCAACACAAUCCCAGGAGUUCUUCAGAACCCUUCAACGGUAUUACAGCAAUGCAUACAUGGAUGCUGAGAAACAGGAUGCAAUUAAUGUAUUCUUGGGGCACAUCCAACCACAACAGGGUAAACCUGCAAUCUGGAAGUUGGAUUCUGACCAGCAUCACAAUGUUGGAAGGAAUGGACAAACCAAUGUGGAUGAAGAUGCAAGGUCUAUUUCCAAAAGGUCAUUAUCUGAUGGAAAUAUUAUUUGGGGAAGUGGCUCACCUUUGUCAGACAUGAAUGCGAGGCAGCAGAAAUUUUGCAGAUCAGCUUUUCCAGAUCAAUUUCAAGAGGAAAACAAUGUUCUUUCAGAAUCAUCACCUGAAAUAUCUACAUGUGAAAGUGACAUUGCAUUUUCAAGGUACACCCCCUCAAUGCCUCGCAGACAGCUUUUCAGAUAUGUGCAAAGAGAUCACUACCUGGAAAGUGAUCAUAUUUUCUUCUCUGGACAUGGAGAUACAUUUAAUUGCUCAAACUUUGUUGAUAUAGACUGGCUGUCUUCCUCUGGAAACUCAUGUGAAGAAGAGCCAUUUGAGAGGUCAUCAUUACUCACGAACUAUCCAACUGGUGGUCUGUCAUCUGAAAAUGUCAAUGGAAUAACGGGUGAAACAUCCCCAUCCACAAUUGAAUAUGGAUCCAGCACGAAGAAAAGUUCAACCCUACUUUCAUGUUUCCUGCUUUGUAGGGAAUUCAGCGAUCAGGAAUGGAGCUAUCGUAUAGUAAUCCAGCAAAUUCCAAUGUGCUCAAGCAGUUUUCAGAUAGCUUUGUGCAAUGGGUUCAACCUGCUCUGAGAUGCUUUUCAAUUGAUAUAAAGAGGUUGCUGAGAGGGCAGAGAGAUAAAUGAAGGGCACCCGUAUCGGCAUUCUUCCGUAAAAUAUAGAAAAGUUCGCUCAGCCGUUGUGCGGCAUGGAUUCCACCAUGGAAACCUCUAUGGAACCUGAUACCAAAAUACAAGAGAGUAAAUAGCCAACAGUUGAAAGAACAUACUUUUUGGAGCUCUUCCCUCUUCUCAUUCCUUACUAGCCUGUGGACCUUGUAGGUUUUCGUUCGUGUAAAUAUCUUAACCGUGCUCAAUGAGAGCCCCGUGUGUAGAAGAAUUGAAGAUCAUCGAUUCUUUAUUUCCCUUCAUGUUUAUUCGCGGGGCAGUUGUGAUACUAACAACUCAUGAAUGUGAAGUGUUUGGAGGAAAGUAGUACGAUUAUUAUCGGACUGAUGUUGUCCUAGAGCCAUCCAAAUUCUAAAGCCUCAUUUCUGGUUGGUUGAUUGUGAAAGACAACAUUUAGUUGAACUUGAAUUUGUGCUCGUCUGCAGCUCUUUUGUUGUUGUUAUUAUUAUUAUUGUUAUUGAGGAAAAACUAUCAAACAGCAUUUAAAUGAA